CCGGUUGUUAGUCGAUGUCGCACUAGCCAGCCAUGGAGCUCUCCACACCUCGGCAACCCCCUGCUCCUUCCCCGCGGCAUUGUGCAGGUAGCCGACCUUGCAACCAACAAUGUCGACGUCGAACAUGAGCUAUACGAAUAGUCGGGCGCCCUUCAGCUGCUUCAAAUUGUGUUAUAACCUGACGAACACCUGAUCGCUCCGCAACAGUACACACAAUGUCAAACCAAACCUACCAGCCACCACCGCUCACAGGCCUGCGCGUCCUCGAAUUCGCGGGCCUUGCGCCAGGACCUUUCGCAGGCAUGCUGCUUGCCGACUAUGGCGCAACCGUCCUCCGCCUCGACCGUGCACCUGCUCACAACUCUGGCGCGCCCAGCGACCAGCUCACGCGCCGCAAGACCAGCAUAUGCGUGAAUAUGAAGACAGCUUCCGGUCUCGCACUCAUUAAGAAAUUGAUUCCCAACGUCGACGUUGUCAUCGAUCCCUUCCGCCCCGGCGUACUUGAGAAAGCUGGCCUUGGGCCUGAGGAUGUGCUGCUGAAGCUCAAUCCGCGAUUAAUUGUCGCAAGAAUGACGGGAUUCAGAAGAGACGGAAAGUACAGCGCCAUGGCUGGACAUGAUAUCAACUACAUCGCCGUCUCUGGUGUCUUAUCGCUCUUCGGACGAAAAGGCGAGAAGCCGUAUCCACCAGGCAAUCUUAUGGGUGACUUUGCUGGUGGUGGUGCGAUCUGCUUUAUCGGCAUCUUACUUGCGCUGCUGGCCAGGCAAACCAGCGGGAUUGGACAGGUUGUCGAGGCGAAUAUGGUGGAUGGAAGCGCAAUCCUGGCGACGAUGCCGAGGUUUGGUAUAAAGACUCCAGUUUGGAGCGCGGAGAGGGGCACCAACAUGUUGGAUGGCGGCGCGCCGUUUUACGAUACGUAUGAGACGAAGGACGGGAAAUAUACGGCUGUUGGUGCAAUCGAACCUCAAUUCUGGGCUGCGCUUCUGAAAGGUCUUGAGCUGAAGCCCUCUGAUCUGCCGGGGAACCGCGACAACAAAGCUGACUGGCCGAAGCUGAAAGACUUCUUCACUGCGGUCUUCAAGAGGAAGACGCGGGACGAGUGGGCCGCUAUCUUCGACGGCACAGAUGCAUGUUGCACGCCGGUACUUACGCAACAGGAGCUUGAAGCCCAAGGUUUCGAUCAGCGGCCUGCAGUGACUUUGAAAACAUCGCCAGGGUUGGCUAUCCACGAAGGUGAUAAUUCAAGACCUGCCGCAGUUGGGCAAGGUAUCGGUGUGGAAGGCAGCGGCUGGAGCCAGCGGGGAUUGAGGGCUGGUGAUGGUGGGGAAGAGACGGUUGCGAGAUGGACUGGCUGGUCCAAAGGCCGGCAAUUCGUAAACGAGGAUGGACUACUAGGAUGGAAAGAUUCUGCGAAGCUGUAAGGAGAUCUGCGCUGGUAUGAAUUUCUAGGUCAGUUAUCGAGAGAUGGCCAGACUUGAGUAUGCCAACAGGCUGAAU